AUAGACGCAAAACAAUAUCCCAUUGGAUUUUUAGUAAAUCUUCGCUACAAUACCAGAUUGACUUUGUUCUUAGUUUUUUUUCUGAUGUUGGAACUUAAAGUGCGCGGAUAGUAGACUUUUUUUUUCUUGAGUGUUUCAAAUAAGUUUAUCAAAUGAGGGACCAUAGUGGUGAAAUUAUGGAUACCGUACAAGAAGAAGAUAGCAGUAGAGAAACAUCCCCAACCAGUUCUUUGAAUAGAAAAGAUUGUAUUCAAUCAUCUUUUAAUACACCCACAAUAAUUAUACAUCCAGUUGAUGAACCUGAAACAUCAAAAUGCACUUCAUCAACAUCCUCCAGAAGACCCUCCGCAAUUUUAGCAGCUUUAAGAAGACCAUCUCAAAGCUUAGUUUUAUCGGCUGCUCAUGCAAUAAUGAGCCACAAAAAACAGCAAACUCACAACGAACAAAAACCUUUCUCAAAUUCUCCGGAAUCUGAAACAAAAUUAAUCAAUAUAGUUAAUAAUAAUAAAAUUGGAGAUGAUGCGUUGACGACGAUUUUAUCAGCGUUCUAUGCAAAAUUAUUGGUAGUUUUGGGAAUUGCGUUUCCAAUAACAGAAAUUAUAUCAAAUCAAGUUGAACGUGGUUAUUACAAAGGAUUUUACAUGUAUUUGUAUAGCGGAAGUUUAAUUUUUAUGGUUUAUAUGUAUGCUACUGUUUACCGAAAAAAAGUGGUUCAAUCAAUUUUUACAUCACACGAUGAUGAUAAACAACAACCAUUUGAAAGACGAUCUUUAUAUCAUAAUGUUCAAAAUGCCGAAAAGAAAGUUAUUAGGUAUGGAAGCUUUUACUUACGUCUUGGAGCGAUUGGUUUUGGAAUAGGAAGUAUGGUUUUUACUGGUUUGGAAUUUGGAUACUAUUUUGAACAAAGAGGAACCACCAAUUGCAAUACCAACAUUUUAAACGCUAUCACACCUGCCAUACGAAUGAUAUUAACCAUUGUUCAAAUACAGUUUAUAUUUCUAAAUGGAAAGGAUAUCAACACAGCCAAACAUAGAAUUAUCUCCAGAUUUGGUCUUAUGCACAUGAUUGCCACAAAUUUAUGUGAAUGGUUAUAUGUUUUAAUCGAAGAAACUGAUCAUGAAAUCAUUCAUCUAAACGAUCACCACUUAUAUUUAAAUGGAUCCAGCCAUGUUAACCAAUCUCAUUGUAAAGCGAAAGUGAUGGGACCACUUAUGAUUAAUGCCAGUCCAUUUUUGUUCCCAUGCACCAUCGAAUAUAGUUUAAUAUGUGCAGUUAUUUUGUUUGAAAUGUGGAAAAAUGUUAAAACAGAGAAAAAAGAUGAAAGGCCUGUUGAAAUAACAAAGAGGCAUAGAGAAUCAUCUCAUGAUAAAUUGGUUCAAAUAUUUAAUUUUCAUAAUUGGACUGGAAAUUAUAAAAAAUCAGCUAAUCACUUUACAUUAGACUGUACAAAAUCCCAUAAAGGCUUAUUCGCAGGAAUUUUAGUUAUUGUAGUAACAAUAAUUUCAUUAACAAUGUUUUUCGUUUUGCGUGCUGAAAAAGGAACACCCGAAGAGGAGGCAUAUUUUAAAUCCAACGCACAACUUGAAGUAAAUAUUGUUGAAAUUCUUAUACACAUUGUAAGCACUGGAGCUGUUAUAGCAGCUAUGGUAAAAUUUAGAAAUUUGAAUUACGAAAAGAGAUCUGUGGAAAAUACGUUAAUGGGAAUGGACAACACUUUAUUAGUAGUAGCACAAACGGGAAUGUUUAUUUAUUGUAUGUUUUCGAUAAUCGGGAGCUAUUUUAGGAUUAAAGAAAGCACCCCAGCUGGACUUUUAGCUGAAAUGUUUUCUUUGAUUCAAACUUGUCUACAAACUUUAUUCGUUCUGGAUGGUUGGUUUAGAAGGUGUAGAACUUCGGAACAACAAAAACGCAAACCAGGAAGAGAAUUAAUCACGUUUUUAAUUGUUGCAAACAUGGCAAUGUGGGGGAUAAACGCUUUAGAGAAAAAUAGGGCAGAAUUUAGGACGGAUCAUUUGCAAUUUUAUGGAGAGUGGCCUUAUACAAUUAUUACACACAUUUCCAUGCCGUUAGCUAUAUUUUAUCGAUUCCAUUCCACGAUAUGUUUAUUUGAAAUUUGGAAAUCCGCUUACAAAUUUAAA